GUCAAAGCAUUCCUACCUGUGGUAUUCAGUUUUGGGCCAGUUCCCUGGACGGAGCCGACUGGAAGUCCGGGACAUGGCGGGCGGCUUGUCGUGCAAGUCGCCGGUAGUCGCCCGUGUCGGCCAGGCCAUUUUCCACAAGCCAUUAUCCUCACCGUCAUUUCCUCCACACAUACGCUACAAUGGUGCACAAUAUAGAUACAACCACAGCUAUGCCUUGCAGCGAGGCAACAAUCGAGGUCUCGAUCUCGUUGCCCGGCCAGCGGCUUCAACGCCUGAUUGUCGCGGCGAUGGUCCUGACAAUGGUAUUAGCUUUCCCAUUGGUAGUGAUGGUGUCCUUCCUGCUGCCGGGCCCGCUUCUCCUCUUCUUUUUCUAUGUGCGAUUCAAGACCGCUCUUCUGGAGGAAGAGUCAACUCUGGGCGCGGCUGCUGCUGCUGCUGAAAAGCAGCUAUGGAAAGACCUGCGCAGCAAGAAGCCAAUGGCGACACAGGUGCGUUGACCAAUUAUUAUACUUGCUACUGGGGCCAUGGGUUGACAAAACGGCAACCAGCGCCUUUGAGCCGGCUGCUGACACACAUAUCCUUAGGAUAGUUGACAUUAUGCGCGAUAGGCUACGCGUCUUCUGCUGCAAGCUGAACACAUUUCGCGCGGGAUUGGACUUCGGGUUCCUUGGCUUAGCGAGCGGCUUCCCUGUUGUCCAUUGUGCUUCUUCUUGCUAACACAGCUGCUCCAACUCAUGCACCCGCAGGCCAUUGCAACCGACGACAGCGACCUUUCGCCGACUGGCACCACCGUCUGCCUCCACGCUGUCUCCAUGCCCGGCGAAGACCGCCUUCCAAGCCCCUGGCUGGCGUCGCCUGCCAACGGCAUCUCUCCCAUUGAGGUUGAGCCCCUCACUCGCAGCAGCUCCUUCACCUCGCCACUUAAGUCUCCGUCGGGCCUCGCUGAUGAGCAGGCUGGCGAGCUGGACGCUGAGGAGGGCGCUUUGGACAUAGAGCGCGCCGGCGGGACUGAAGAGCCGGCGACGGCCCAGCCCGCCAUGGUGCCUGCGAGAGAGGCCGCCGGCAUCGCGCUGGACGGCUGCUGUGAGAUUAUGAUGGUGAAGCCCGCCGACACCAAGGACGGCGCCAACCUUCUGAGCUCUGGCUCCGCCGCCUCCGCCGCCGCCUUCCCCUCCUCCUCCUCCCGCUCCUCCUCCUCCGCCUGCCCUGAUGCCGUCCAGUCCUCCCUGCGGAGCUCCCUCACAUUGCUGCCCGAGCAACCUGCCGCAGCAGAGUCACCAUCAACCAACACCGCCAACGCCAGCGCCACCACAACCAGCACUGAGCUGUCGCUGGGAUCUCAGGCGGCUGGCUGGCUGCCCGCCAGCCUCACGAGCGUAAGCACCAGUGCUGCUGGCGCCGCGGCCACCUCCAGCUCCUCCUCCCUGCCCACGGUCCCCGCUAACAGCGGCCACGCGCCCGAAAGUGCGCAAGACCAGCAGCAGCAGCAGACGGAUCUGCAGCGGGGCAAGACGGUGUUCGCGCGCCUGCACUCGAUGCUUCCAGUGGUCGACAACGUUCACCUGAGCUCCGGGAACGACCACGUCGCCGGAGUGCUGCGCAACACCACCCUCAAUCCCUUGCCCGUCAUCAAUGAGAUGGCAACUCGUGGCGUGCAGAGCGGCUUCACGCCGUUCUACGUGCUGGAGGCGCUCGUGCCUUUCUCCAAAGGCGGAUACGGCAGCGUCUGGUUCGGGCAGGUGUACUCGUCUUACGGCAUUUUCCAGGCCGUAUCUAAGACCGCCAACGACCCCAACUCCACCACCGAGGUCACCAACGUGAUCAAGGAGGGGCAGGUCAUGCUGGGACUGCAAGCGGCGGGCCUGGUGAAGGACGGGUGCACGAUCCGCGCUCUGGCGCUGUGUACGCAGCCCGACCCCACCACCGGCCACGUGGUGACGCUGCUGAUGGAGCGCGCGCAGCGGUCGCUGAUGGCUGACGUGAUGGACCAGGAGGCCUUCCGGCAGCGGCAGCAGCUGAGCUGCGACGGCAUGUCGGUGCUGCCCCUGCCCACCGUGUUCAAGGUGCUGGGCACGGUUGCCACUGCCCUGGCGGCCCUGCACAAACACGGCUAUGCCCACCAGGACGUGAACCCCAACAACAUCCUGGUGCGCGCGGACGGCAGCGUUGCCCUGUCGGACUUUGGCCUCGCCGUCUCCAUCUCGCCGGACGGCGAGUACGUCGGCGACAAGUGCGGCGGCACCAUGCACUUCGGCGCCCCCGAGGUCGCCAUGCGCAACGAGUACAUUGGAGGAUCUAUCCCCUGGCCGUUCGUGGAGGACUACCGCCGGGCCAGUGGCGCUGAGCCGCCGACACCGCUGCCGCCCCUCACGCGCGCCGUUGACAUCUGGAGCCUGGGUGCGCUGGCCGUGUGCCUGAUGGUGACGGGCACGGACUGGAACCUGCAGGAUGAGUACGUGCGCUGCGGCAGGGCCCUGCCGGCCUACGUGCCUGAGCCCAUGGUGGAGCUGAUCCGCGAGUGCACCGCAGACGUCGCCGCGCUGCGGCCCAGCGCGCAGCAGGUGCUGGCCCGCCUGGCGGCGAUGCAGAUUCACAUGCCGCAGUUUGAGGCGGCGGCCGAUGCGGUGCGCGCGGCUGCGGCCGCGGCCGCGGUGCAGGCUGACGCGGCAACGGAGGCAGGAAUGCAGCAGUUGGAGCAGGCGAUGGUUGACAUGCUGAGCCUUUGAACAGUCAACACGCAGCAGCGAGUUCGUGUCCUGUGACGUGGCACGUGCUGCUGCCCGCACGGCGCUACCGCAUGCGGCGCGCGCUUAAAUAACAGGAUGUGUGCUUAGCACUUCCUUGUCAAUGGAGAGGGCAGGAAAUGCAUACUUGUUUAGACUGAGAUUAGUUUAGACUGAGAUGGGCUCAUGGGCUGCCUUAUGCUCUUGACCGCGCUGAAUAAGUAUGUGCGCUAUUGCACCCCUGCCCGUCAGGGCAGUUGACUCUUUUGCUUACCGUACAUGCGGCUCGUGCAUUCAUCCUUUCCAAAUAAGAUUGACUCGGUGUACCAGCGGCAGCGCGCCUUUUGCGCUUGACUCGGUUUCCAGGCAGGUGUGUUACACGCAGGGGCCUAUGUAUCCAAGACUUGACGGUAUUAAUGGCAGGAAUGCCUUCGGGGUGUGGGCCCAACGCCCCCCGUGCGCUUGCCCAUCCGGGCGGUCGAUGUGCUUGUGGCAUGUGAUUUUGCUUUGAGCCUUUACCGUAGGAUGCAAGUCAGCUACCAGUAGCGUGUGUAGUCUCGCUCCCACAUCCAAGGACUCCCAGAUUACGUACUAUAUCGCUGGCAGGUGUUAUUUGCAGGCGCUGUACUUGAAAGGUGGGAAUGUCAGGCUAACAAUUCCUUUGCGCUGUGUUGGCUCAUUGGCCCAUGCCGUAUGCCGCCUGGAGGCAGCAGUCCGUUCGCACUUGCCGCCAUGACUCAGUGCUUGCAGUGAAUGGCAGGCUUUCGAGUAAGGUUAGAGAGAGCAGAAGCUACGAGUUUCGUGGUGUAUCCCGGUUUGAUGCCAAUGCAUGAUGGAGUGAAAGCAGUCGUUUCCUGGAGUGGAUGUGAAUGCGCAGCUGGCGAAGCCGGAUGCCGUGCAUCAGCAUGCGACACGCGAGCGGCGGCGUUCCGUUAUCUAUCGUGUUAGUACAUGUGGGGUCGAAGCAAGCGCAAGUGCGGACGGUGCCCGCAGCGCGGGUGCGACCGGCCGCAAACACCGGCCAUGUAACAAUAUUGGUGU